UGAAAAGGAGUUGGAAAUUCUCCGAAAGCGGGAUACAUAGAGAGAGGGGGGGAGAGACACACACUGACACACACAUGCACAGAGAACUUGAGACAGCCCAUUGAAUUCAAGCGGUUGAUCCAUUAGAAACUCGAAUCAUAGCCGUCAAUCUCUCCCCCGACGGCCUCCGUCGGCGGUGACCAUUCGAUCAUCGGAUCUUCCCAGUCGCAGCCAGCAUUAGCAGGUGGCUUCUCCAAUGUAGACUUUUUGCUAUGUUCCGUUCUCUGCGUCAUAGACAUAUCUAUUCCAAUGUGAGAAAUUCGGAUGGAAUUUGAAGUUGUUGGAUCGAUUAUGAUUGUGUGGGAUACAGACCUUUCUCUCUCGCAUUUGGUGUCGGCAUUAGAGAUUGGCGUCUGCCUGAGAGAGGAUAUCUCUGCUGGCGCUGCCUCUGCCUCUGCCUCUGCUGCCGGCAUUGAAAAACACCACUUUUCUGGUUCCUUUCAUGUCUCCUGAUCUGGAUAGCACUGUUCAGACCCAGAUGGCAGUUGCUACCUUCAAACUACCCCUUGGUCGUGACUGCCAUGGGAAUAAGAGUAUGGACGGGAAACCUUCUAGGAGAAGACGUGUUUUUGUUCAAACUGAAACUGGCUGUGUGUUGGGUAUAGAGUUAGACAGUAGUGACAAUGCCCAUACAGUGAAAAGGAGACUGCAGCUUGCUCUCAAUGUCCCCACUGAGGAGAGCUUGCUGAUCUAUGGAGAUACGGUGUUAAAAAAUGAUCUCAGCACUGUAAAAAAUGAUUGUCCACUUCUUCUGACGAGGAAUUCCAUGCACAGAAGCUCAUCUACUCCAUGUCUCUCACCUAUUGGAAAGGAUCUUCAGCAGGGAGAUCAGAGUGGUCUCGUAGAGAUAUUAGGAUGCUCAGAUCCCAUAACCAAACAAUUGGUGAAGGAUAUUGUAAAGGCCAUAGAGGAUGGCAUUGAUCCGAUCCCUGUCCAUAGUGGGCUUGGAGGUGCGUACUAUUUCAGGAAUUGCACUGGUGACAAUGUUGCUAUUGUGAAGCCAACAGAUGAGGAACCUUUUGCGCCAAACAACCCAAAAGGUUUUGUAGGCAAAGUACUUGGUCAACCGGGUCUUAAACAGUCAGUGCGGGUUGGGGAGACAGGGUAUAGAGAAGUUGCGGCUUACCUUCUUGACUAUGAUCAUUUUGCCAAUGUGCCCCCGACCACCCUUGUGAAGAUUACACACUCAAUUUUCAAUGUCAAUGAAGAGGUUUAUGGGAACAAGCAUCUGAAUAGCAAGAUUGCAUCGUUCCAGCAGUUCAUUCCUCAUGAUUUUGAUGCCAGUGAUCAUGGGACUUCUAGCUUCUCUGUCACAGCUGUACAUAGAAUUGGGAUAUUAGAUAUACGUAUUCUGAAUACAGAUAGGCAUGCAGGGAAUCUUUUGGUUAGAAAGAUUGGGAGGUUUGGUCAGGUUGAGCUCGUUCCCAUUGAUCAUGGUCUUUGCCUUCCAGAGAGUUUGGAGGACCCGUACUUUGAGUGGAUUCAUUGGCCGCAGGCAUCAAUUCCUUUCUCAGAUGAUGAACUUGAGUAUAUAGUUAGUCUUGAUCCUGUUCGGGAUUCUGAAAUGCUACGAAUGGAGCUUCCCAUGAUUCGAGAGGCAUGCCUACGGGUCUUGGUUCUCUGCACAAUUUUUCUCAAGGAGGCAGCAGCUUUCGGUCUGUGUCUUGCUGAGAUUGGUGAGAUGAUGAGUAGGGAGUUCCAAGUCCAGGAGGAAGAGCCAAGUGAGCUUGAGGACAUAUGCAUGGAGGCGAGGAAGCUUUUGGAUGAGAGUGAUUCAUGGUGUUUUGAGGGGAAGGCGGGGAAUAAGGAUGAGUUUCAAUUUUGUAUGGACUCUGAGGAGGAGGCUGAUUCAACUCCAAAGAUGGUAGAAAUUUCAUUAAACAAACUGUCAAACCAUUCUGGAUUUAAAAGUUGCAAUGGCCAAAAACCACUUUCUAAACUAGCAGAGAGCACCGAGGGGGGGGAGGCAGAGAGUGAGACUGCCAAGAAACCCUUGAAAUUGGAAGAAUACAGUGGUCGGGUGCAGGGCCAGGUUCCAGCAGUUUCUAAGCUUUCCGGGUCACUGAGAAACAUAAGCCUUGUCAAAAAGAGUUGGCAACACCAGGGUGCACCACCAAGAGAGAGUUAUUCGGCUGGUACGUGGUCUGGCAACUCAAGUGUGAAUGAACAGUUACCUGGAAGUGCAAGUUCAGUGAAUCUGGCAGAUAUGAAUGAAGAGGAGUGGGUGCUGUUCCUUGAUAAUUUUCAGAAGCUUCUGCACCCAGCUUUCACUAAUCGCAAAUCAGCGAGUGUGGGUCAGAGUCAGAGGCUUGGGACUUCAUGCAAGUUUUGAGAAAUUUACAAUUAAUGGAAACAAGAAAAUAGAAGAAGAAUAAGAUUUCUAGCUACUAUUUGUUGAAGAUUGUGAGUUUGUUUGUUUAGAAGCUUGCUUUGCAAAAACCGUUUGCAUAUAGAAGUUGGAGGUGAUCAGCUGAGAGAGACGAGAACUAAGGUGCUAGGUUGUUUAUGCUUUACUUCUACUACUUCUCUUUUUUUGAUGUGUGAGAUGAAUAAAACCCAAAUAGAGGACAGACAAGAAACUCUGUGCGAACUUUCAUUUGUCUAUUUUUUUUUAAUGUUUUGUUUGCACUAUUUGCUUAUUUACGUGCAAAGCUAUUGUUUGUGUAUGUGUGAAGAAAUAUGGAUUGCAUUGUAUGAACUACAAGGAUGUAUUGUGGGGAUGGGUUUUCUGUGGGAAAGUUUAGGUUGCUGGAUUCAGCAACACUUUUAUCA